UUCCCCAUACACAGUCACAGCUAACGUCGCAUAGUUCAGAGAGCUAUCAAGUGUGACAGCAGUAGUAAAAGAUGGCGUUUUUCGUUCGAAACACUCAUCGCACGUUUUCCGCGAUUUUUAAGAAAACACUUGCAAAUUCAACAGCAAAAUUUUCGGCAUGCAAUGGCAUUAAUUCAUCGGCCAGAGCGUUGCACACUUCACGUGUAUGCUUUUCGGAAAAUUCAAAACUUACAGCUACCGAUGAAGUUGACUUGAACGCCCAACCACUAAUUGAAAUCUUGAAAAACCCACCAGAAUGGAAGUACGUGGAACGAAUUCUACCGAAAUCAACAGUCCCAAGUGUACAACCAAAAGAACAGUAUUCUUCUGGAUGGACUCCGCAAAAGCCGGACGCAUUGAAACAACCGUAUUUCAUUAAACGAACUAAAAAUCAUAUGGUCCCCGUUUAUUUGCAAAUUGACUAUCGCGGAACGAGGAGAAGAACAUUCAUCAAGCACAUCUCGGGUGAUAUCUGGAAGUUGCACAACGAACUAAUGGAUUAUAUUGAAUACUAUAUGGCCAAAAAAGAGAGAUCAAGAGUCAACGAAUUCAGCGGGCAAAUCAUCAUAAACGGCGAUUAUGUUAACCUUCUCAAGGAUUAUCUGGUCAGCAAAGGCUUUUAGCCGCCUUAUAUUGUAAUGCAUAAUGUAUUAGAAGAUAAUAAACAAAUAAUUGUUUCAUAAAAAAGG